AUGUCUACCUUGUGGUUUGGUGUCUUUCUUUCCUUCAUUCUUUAUUUCAUUCAUUGGCUAUCUUUCUGUUUAGUGUCUUUCUUUAAUUCUUUCUUUCAUUUUAGUGUCAACCUUUUUUUUUUGUGUCAUUCUCUCUUUCAUUCUUUAUUUCAUUUUAGUUUUAGUGUCUUUCUUUCAUCCAUUAUUUCAUUAUUGUGUCCAUCUUGUUUGUGUCAUUCUUUCUUUCAUUCUUUAUUUCAUUUUAGUGUCCACCAUAAGCUUGGUGUCUUUCUUUCCUUCAUUCUUAAUUUUAUUUUAGUGUCUAUCUUUUGUUUUCGUGUCUUUCUUUUAUUCUUCAUUUCAUCUUCAUUCCUUCAUUCUUUAUUUCAUUUUAGUGUCUAUCUUUUUGUUUCGUGUCUUUCUUUUAUUCUUCAUUUCAUCGUAGUGUCUAAUUUUUGGAUUGGUGUCUUUCUUUCUGUCAUUCAUUAUUUCUGUCUAUCUGUUAGUUUAGUGUCUUUCUUUGAUCCUUUAUUUCAUUUUACUAUCUACUUUUUGUUUGGUGUCUUUCUUUCGUUCAUUCUUAAUUUUAUUUCAGUGUCUAUAUUUUGUGUCUACCUUGUUUGGUGUCUUUCUUUCCUUCAUUCUUUAUUUUUGUGUCUAUCUUUUGAUUUUGUGUUUUUCUUUCAUCCUUUAUUUCAUUUUUGUGUCUACCUUUUGUUUGGUUUCUUUCUUUCCUUCAUUUUUUUAUUUUAUUUUAGUGUCUAUAUUUUGGUUUCGGGUCUUUCUUUAUUUCGUCAUUUCAUCGUAGUGUCUUUUUUUUUUGGUUUGUGCAUAUCUUCUGGUUUGGUGUCUUUCUGUCGUUCUUUAUUUUUUCUUAGUGUCUAUCUAUCGGGUUAUUUUUUGUCUUUCUUUAGUUUUCUUUUCUUUCUUUUACUUCUUAAAUUUUUUAACGUUUUUUACUCAAUCUAUUUUGUUAAAAUGUAA